AUGUUCACAGUAAAGGCAACUUAUAGAAACGAGACUCGCAAGUUUUCUUUCUCAGGGACCGUUGUGUUCCCUACACACGAGGAGCUUCACCAGCAGCUGUAUCGCAUAUUUCCUAUAAGCCAUAAUUAUUAUCUUUCCAAGCUCAUUUUCUCUCCUGACGCGUCUAAGCCGUCUCGUAUUUUAAUUGGCAAGGAAGUCCAUAACGCAGAGGAGUACAGCACUCGUAUUGCCCCUUUACGCAGGCGCUGGCCCAACCCAUUGCUCAGGUUCUCUAUCUUCGACGAGACUCCCCACAAAGUACCCAGUGCAACGGUCGAGGAUUCUCGGGAGGUUCCCAUCCCUUUGUCCUUCAUGGCGAUUCCCCCGCCUCCUACACUUUUGUCAACUCCUGCACCACCCAAUCUGUCACCCACUUCAUCCUUCGAUACACAUUUCCAGGAGUUUCUAUCAUUCAAAGCGGCCCAUCUACCGCCACCUUCUUUUAGACCACUUCCUACUCUUGAACGUCCUAACAUCUUCACGCCUCCAAUCUCACCUUCGCUCAUUCCGCCGCCACCACCUAUCAUAUUCCGAGAGCCACCUGCACAUCCCUCUCUUUCAAGUGUUCCUUCUCUCUUACCCCAAGCGGCCUCUCCUCAGCCAUGUUGCUCAGUCGCCAAAGGGAAGUCGGAGAUGGAAAUUCUCUUGGCAUCUUUCAAGAAAGAUAUCGAUCGUAUCAUGCUCAAUACUUUUGGCGAAUGCAAUGCUUCAACACAAGUCGGUGCUCAUCGCCAGACCCCCUUUGGAGUGGGAAUAUCCAACGAGGCUCCUCAUGCUUCGUCAGAGGCAUCGUGCAACAUAACGAACAUCUCAAUGAAGCCUCCUUCAUCACAUUGGUGUUUCGUCUGCAGGAAUGAGUUCUCUGGAAGCUGGUACGGAUGUGUGAAAUGCCCAUGGCACUAUGUUUGUCCAAGCUGUUUCUCCAAAUCUGGUGCUAUGCACACGUUCAGUUUUGGGCCAACUCACGUUGUCCAGCAGCAUGAAGCUGCGCCGUCGAUUGCCAUCACGCCGUCGGCCGCAGAAGUGCCCGCAGAGUCUCAGUCUACCGGAACUGAGCUUGUUGAUGCCGAGCCUAAUCAAUGCCCGUCUGUCAUUCACCGAAAUGUUGUUUGUGACAGCUGUAAUGAAAUCAUUGUUGGCGUCAGGCGUAAAUGCCUGGAUUGUCCCGACUAUGAUCUAUGCACGCCCUGUAUCGAGUCAGGUGCUGCAGAGAGGCACAACUCGUUCCAUGAAUUCUUCGACAUUGAAACGCCCGGACGAGUGAUCGUUCACACUGUCUUCAGUGGAAGUGAGGAGCGUGAUACUUCUACGAAUAGUCGCAAUGCUACAGCAGAUAGUCCUCCCACUUUCGCGGCAACACCAGAGACUAUUCGUCAUUGCGCGGCUUGCAACAUGUGUGACUCUCCUAUUGUUGGUGAUCGCUUCGUAAAACGUACUUCUGCAUCAUCUCAGAGUGCUAAUGGUUGCUCGAAAGAUUUUGAUACUUGUGCCAACUGCUUCAAGAUUACCGGAGAGCAACAUCCCUAUCACGGCUUUGUGCGGGUGAGCAAGCCGAGCGACCUCAUGGUAACUGUUCUCUUUGUUGUGAAGAGAAACCCGUCUCACACAUUCAAGAUGCGCAAUGCAGUGACCAACGCAGCUGCUCAUUACGCGACGUGUGAUUCUGCGCCAUCAGCUUGCCGGAAGACUAUUCGUGGUGUUCGUUAUAAGUGCAUGCACCCUAGCUGUCCCGAUUUCGACCUGUGCCAGAAUUGCGAAGCCCUCCCUAUCCCGGUCCACCCUUCCAUUCAUCCCUUGUUGAAGAUGAAGACUCCCGAUACUGUUAUUCCUACCGUGUACAGAGUCGGGAUGACUGAUCUCAUACAUUCUCGAAGGACAUCCCAGGGGAGUACCCUUCCCCAGGCUUUGGAAUCUCGUCCUCCGAAAUCUCUGCCCGUCUCUGUAUCACGCACUUCCUCCGAGAUUUCUAACAGUGCCCCAGCUGCGUUAGUGCAAACUUCUGUCGGCCCUUGGGGUUAUGGUCUAACUCCUGCUAAAUUACCCCAAUCCCCGCAAUCUCCCGCUCCUAACUGCGAAGAACCUUCCUCGUCUCCCACCCAAUUAAGUGUUAGCUCUUGCUACCAGGCGGUCAGGCCAGUUAAGUCCCAGCCUUCUGCUGCUGACCGUGAACAAUCAACCUCACCUUAUAGUAACUUGGCCCAGACGAUCAAUCGACCUUCCGCUGAGGCCAACCCGCCACCCCUCGACCUGAACCCUUCACUUGAUAUCUUUCGUGAAGUUUGGCCAAAAGUGAAUCGGGAAAUGAAACACCUCACUGAAGCAAGACGAUCCGAAGUAGAUUCUCCUAGUUCUGUGGCUGACUCAGAUAAGGCUAUUGAAACUAAUCUGGGCAAGCUGGCGGAAUCUACAAAUUCUCUCUUCAAAUUAAUUCGCCCUGAAGAAUCUGCGGAGUCACUCCUCACGGAAGUGUCGCCUGCUAUCCCGGCAUUGUCCUUUGAUGUUCCACCGAUGGUAGAGCCACUCUUUUCUGCGGACAGGGAUCUUGCUGCACUUCUACGUGGUUUCCGCACACCGUCCCCUGUCGCUUCUCAAGAACGCGCUCUAUCCAGUACAACUUUCUCUGCACUCCCUGAUAGCGUCAUGGAUGAACAAGCGGUUGCUACGCCCAGCCCAGAACAGCAACAGGCUCAAUUUGCCCCUCUUAGCUGUGCUUUUGUGUCCGAUACGACAGUUCCUGACGGUCAGAUUUUCCCACCGGGUGCUGAGUUCGUUAAGUCCUGGCGUAUGUUAAACGAUGGGGAAAAGCCUUGGCCAGAGACGACUCAGAUUCGCUUCGUUGCGGGGGAGUCUUUUUCAUCCGAAACUGACUCUUCGAUGGUUGUCAAAGUGGGACGCGUCGAUCCUGGAGAAGCUCUUGAUGUGUGGACCGGUGACCUAAAGGCACCCGAUGCUCCUGGUAGAUAUGCCAAAUGCUUAGCGCUAACAUCUGGAUCGAUGUCACUGUCACCUGAGCCUCGUCAGUCAGCCGACGAAGCUGACGAACAUUCUUUGGCGUCAUCCUCGAUGAUCAUGCCGAAGUCAUCAUCGGACAAUAGGUCUGCUCAUUCUGUCGGUCCCCUCGGUCACUUAUUUGAACCAUCAUAUCCCUCGACGUCCAAACCUACGACGGACGGGACAGAUGAUGGAGUCUCUGAUGGGUCGUCAGUAUCGUUGGUCAGCGUCCCUUCGUCUGAUGACUAUGGAUCCGACUGGCAGGAUACGCAUUCCCAGCCCGAGAACCUUGAGUACGUUGUGCUGUACGACAGCAAUGACUCAGAGGAUGAAUAA